AUGGCGACAACCAAAACAUUCGAGAACGUCCAACGUGAACCAAGUCAGGAAGACAUCGAACUCGCAAAUCACCCGGAGCCCUCUCCGCGGCUAGACCCAGCGUGGCAGCUGGUGCUCGAUUUGGCGAUACAUCAGGAACAAAACGUGUUCAUCACGGGUCCAGCGAGGUCCGGCAAGUCAUGUCUCCUGCGGGAGUUCGUCCAGUUGCUGGAUGCCAAGUACAGCCAGGAGAAGGUUGUUGUGGCUGCAUCUACAGGCCUUGCACACAGCAUCGGCGGCACAAACAUCCAUGACUUCACCAGCAGCGGUAUCAAAGGGCUGAUUGCGCACAUCCACAAACACCCAACAAAACUUGAACGCUGGCGGACAGUCAAAGCCCUCGUCGUCGACGACAUCUCCAUGAUCCCUGCCAAGCUUCUCGACGCGCUCGACGAAAUUGCCAGGAAGGUGCGGAUGGACGACCGGCCGUUCGGAGGAAUCCAGCUCAUCCUCGGCGGAGACUUUUGCCAGAUCCCACCAGAAUUGCGGGACGAGUAUAGCGGCAAGCCGCAGUUCUGCUUCCAAGCCGAGUCGUGGAGGAAAGCCAUGAUACAUACGGUUGGCUUGACUGAGGUUUUCGGAGAGGACCCAUCAUUCGCCAACAUGCUGAGAGAUAUAUGGCAGGGCGUCGUCUCAAAAAAGAUGAGCUCCAGGCUUAAACAGCUGGACAGGCCUCUAAAGUCACCCGACGACGAUGACGGCCCAGAGCCUGUCUCGCUGUUAAUUCAACGCAAUAAAGCAGACCGUGAGAACACAAGGCGACUAGACCUGAUCGAAAGCACAGCCCACACGUACGUUGCCGAGGAAGGCGGGAAGGUCGCGGAUUCAGACACGCGCGCAAAGCUGCUGUCCUCCUGCCCACCCCCGGGGGUUCUUGACCUGAAGGAAGGCGCACAAGUCAUGCUCAUCAAGGAUCUUGACUACGGGCUCGUGAGCGGCUCCGUGGGCCGCGUCGUCGGUUUCGCGGACGAGCAAGCCUUCUCGCAGCAAUGGAGCGGCGACGAAGGCAAACAGCGUUUCAAGUCGCAGCUCUACCCAGUCGUCCGCUUCUUCCAGAAGCCCGCAAAAAGCGACGGCACGACGGCGACGCGGGUGGUGCUGUGCCGGCCUGCGCAGUGGACUAUCAACGAGAAAGCGAAGUUGUCGACGCGCAUACAGGUGCCGCUCGUGCUGGCGUAUGCGCUCGCCGUCGAGCAGACAGUGGGCCGCACGAUCGAGCCGGUGAAUUUGAACCUGCUUCAAGGCUGGAGCGAAAACCGGCGAGGCAUCGCGUACUGCGCGCUGUCGCGGGCGACCGGGUUUAAAGCGCUGCGGUUGCGGAACUUCGAGGCGACCAAGAUCAGAGCGCACCCGGAUGUGAGGGCGUUCUAUGACGGUCUGAACCUGCCGAAGGAGACUAUCAGCCACCGGCCCCCAAGACUAUUGAUAGCCUUCAUUAGCUUCCGAGUGGAGGCCCUCGGCAUUACAGGUGGUUGA